UUUAAAAUUAAUGAAGAGCAAAUAUUUUAUGACAUUCAAACUAAAUCAAAAAUUUUACUUUCUAAAAUAAUAAAUUUUUUGUAUUAAAUACCUUUAAUUUUUAUGAUAAUUUGAGAAAUAUACUUUUAUGGAAGAUAAAUUUGUGUAAAAAUAAGAGUCUAGUUUUGUGUGAAUAUUUAUAAAUACCAUCUAAGGGUUGUUUUAUUACUUAUAUUUUUAUUUCUAUUUUCUUGGAAAUAAUAGUUUAAUGUUUUAGCAAAUAGUAUUUUCCGUUUAAUUUUCUUUUUAAAAGAUACAACCUGGUUAAAAAUAAGUCAUUUUUAUCAGGAAAUUAAAUAUUAUAUAAAAUAAAAAGUUGGUGGAUUGUAAAAUUGUGUCUUUAUUGUCAUUUCAAUCGUGGUUUGGAUGAAAAGGAAAUUGCUAAUUUUCUUUUUAAAGAAAAAAAUAGAAUGAAAAUGCCUAAUGGGAAAAACGUCCUCCGUGUCAGUGAUUCUCUCUUUCAUGGGGGGACUGGUCGUUAGCCUCUCUGUCCCAAUUAAAUCAGAUCCUGCCUUAUAUUUUUAUGUUUUAAGCUCAUCCUCAUUUCAAUUUGCCAAUCCAUUAUAGAAAUUUACUAAUCAUUUCCCAUAAAUAAAAAUAAACGUCUUUAAAUUAUGAAAAUUACAUGCUCUCUUUAGUCUAUAUCAAUUAUUAAAAUCCUCCCUCAAAUGAAAAGAAUAAAAAAAAAAAGAAAACAAAUAAAAUUCAACAUCCUCUUAAAUUAAAUUAAUAAAUACAUUCUUUUCUAUUCUGGCCAUUGACUCAGUACAUCAUUUUCGUUACAACUUCAGACUCAUUUGACUAAUUUAUUAUUAAUAGCUAUAAUUAUUAUUUUUAGAUAAUAAUUGAUUAAUAAUAUAUUUAGUAAAAUUAUUUAUAAUUAAUUGUUGUUUAUAUAUUUAACGAAUAAUAUAAACAUUAAAUAAAAUAGUUAACACGAUAAAUUUAAAAUUAGAUAGAUGACUCAUCAUCUAAUGCCACUCUAACUAGGAAUUUAGAUCCAUGGGUAAAAGCUGGUUAUAUCAGGAUGGAGAGAAAUACUGUCAGUGUAUCAGGGAAAUGCGGAAUUGCAAUGAUGGCCUAUUACCCUAUCAAGAAAGGCCAAAAUCCUCCCAACCCUGGCCCUUCUCCUCCAUCUCCAGUAAAGCCUCCAACUUUUUGUGAUAAUUACAACAGCUGCCCUGUUGCGUCUAUGAAUUUGAUAAAAUACUGUUUCGCAUGGGGAUGCUGCCCUCUUGAGGAUGCUACUUGCUGUGAUGACCAUACUAGUUGUUGUCCGCAUGACUAUCCCGUUAACACUGUCGAAGGAACCUGCUUAAUAAGCAAGGACAACCCGUUUGGAGUGAGGGCUAUGAGGCGUAUACCGCAGCCACAUUGGGCAUAUGAGCUUGAAGGCAAGAAGAGCAGUGCUUAAGCAAAAAGGCAGGUCUCUGCGGUAGUGGAUGAUAGAACUAAUCAUGCCACUUCUUGAUGCUCUCCUUGGUUUUUUACGAAGCUGCAUAUCCUUAUACCAUCAUGUUAAGAUAUAUGGAUGGUUUACUAACGAUUAUUAGUCGGGCGCUGAUGAUGCAGAUAGCGUCUUCCCAGUUACCAUGUUGCGUUUGAGGAACCGAUUUAUGUUGGUCGGCUUGCACAGUCCACUUGUACAUGUUAUGAUUUAGAAAAUAUUCCACCAUGAUUUGGUUCCUGAACACCGAUCAAUGUUACUUGCAUCUUGCAGAACUUUAAUAAUAUUUAUAUAUUCCGAAUCUUAUUCAUCUUCUUUUUUCUAUUUCUCUUCGUCUCCCCUAAGUUUAAUUUCGAUAUUCAUUAGUUCAAACAAAUAUCAAAUGUAUGUACCCGAGAGUGUUUUAUAAAUUGUGUUACACCACU